AUGGUGUCCAAAGUAGCGCUAGUGCCCCUACUUCUAGCGGCAGUGGCCGUGGCUGAAGACUCCGGAGACUCCAGCGACAACGCAGGCGAACAUGCCAAAGGAUGGACGGAGGCCCACAAAGAUGACCUCACCGUCAGUGGGUGCAUCCAGUUGGUGGGGAUGCCCAACCCUUACACGCCUGAGGGACAGGCAGCGAUGAAGAUCGCGUGGUGUGACCAGGCCAAUGCCCCGGAAGCGUUUGGCUCCAUUGCCAUGUGUCUAGUCGAGGUGCAAAAGACUAAUGCUCAUGCCAUCGACGCCUUUGUUAAUUACUGCCAACAACAACACAACGCUACCAUUGCCACUGAAGACGUAAGGGAUGCCGCCACCAAUGCUACUCAAUACCUGAAUGCUACUACUGGUCCUUUGAGGGGAAAGGAGCCCGUGAAAUACCCGGCAGAAGCUUAUACGAAUGCCUACAAGCUGGCAUUGGCAAAAGAGAUGGACUACAACUACCUGAUGUGGUUUGGCAUCGUACUCCUCAGUUACUGGUUCGUCGUUUGCCUCGGUGCCGGCUUGUGUCGCCUCUUGUUUUUUGUUUCACCUCAAUGGAUCAGAAAGUCCGAUCAGAAGUGGAUCAACGCCAUCCGCCAGCAUUUCACUAUGGCACCGCUAUUCGGCCAUCACCACGCUGAAACCAAGCAAUGGGGGUGGUUCCACUUUGUCAUCCCCACGCGGUUCGAGCUGGUUAUUGUCUUGGUGUUUGUAGUGUUGAUGAUUGCCUUCAAUUGUUCCCAGAUGCCUUACUAUGAAGGUGACCCGUUUUACGAAAGUAAAAGCGACCAGCACUGGGAUCUUGUGGCUCACCGACUGGGGAUCACCUCGCUUUUCGUCAUGGUACCCUUAAUUCUUUUUGCUGGUCGCAACAAUUUCUUAAUUUGGAUUACUGGCUGGCCCCAAGUAAGAUUCUUGUACUUUCACAAAUGGAGUGCUCGGGUGUUCACUGUACUAAUUCUUGUCCAUGCUGGUGCUUAUACCCUGGUGUUAAAGGGUGUAGGUUCUGCCAUUUGGACCCAGGAGUAUCAUAAGGCUUACCUUGUGUGGGGUACGGUUGCACUUGUGUGUAUGUGCCUCAUGUGCUUGCUCGGUGUCUACGCCAUUAGGAGACUCAACUAUGAGGUGUUUCUCUUGCUUCACAUCGGCAUGGGGCUUGCCUUCGUUGUUGGAGGGUGGAGACACGUCGCCGAAACUGGCUACAAGCAGUGGUUCUACGCUGCUGCUGCCAUCUGGGCAUUCGACAGAUUUGCACGAGCAGUACGUAUGCUCUGGUUUGGUCCCCGAGAAGCCCAGGUACAGCUUGUGGAGGGUGCCACCUUGAAGGUGACGAUGCUGCGGCCUGAAUGGUGGGGCAAUACUCCGGGUAAGGUGGCAUUCAUCCACUUUUUGCGCCCGUGUACGUUCUGGCAAUCCCACCCGUUCACCAUGGUCACCGAUGCAGUGCCAGGACAGACUACCGUCUCCUUCUAUAUUAAAGUGAGAGGCGGUAUGACGCACGGGCUUUGUCGGUGGCUUCAAAACAUAAAGGGCCAGGCGCUGACGUGUCCUGUGCUUGUUGAUGGUCCUUACGGAGCUCGGGAACCGCUCAGUCGCUACGACAACGCUGUGAUGGUCGCUGGCGGCCACGGCAUCCCUGGGAUGUAUUCUGAGGCUAGACUGCUAGCACAAGUUUACAACGACCAUACUAGAGUACGCCUCUACUGGAUUAUUCGCUCGAUUGCCGAUAUCAAUUGGUUUUACUCGGAAAUCAGGCAGCUUCGGCAUUCUCGUGUGGAAACUGUGAUUUACAUCACUCGUCCUGGAGACGACACCCCCGAGGUUCUGGAUGUCAGUUCAUUGGAAUCAGAUGACCACAAGGAUAAAGAAAAAGGCGGCGAUAGCGUCAGAAUACGUACCACUGACCGCAUGGCAGCUUUAGCCAAAAGACUACCCCACGUCGAAUUCAGGGAAGGUAGACCCGAUUGUAUGGAAAUUGUGACCAGUGAAGUCAAGGCCGCUCAAGGAACCAUUGCGAUUACCAGCUGCGGCCCUGGGCUGCUUGUGGAUCUGGUCCGCAACGCUGUGAUCGCCAACCUUAACCAGGGUGAACUGAGGGUCGACUUCUACCAGCAAUCCCAGCUUAUGUAA